UAGUGAGCAAACGAAGAACAGCAACACGCAAGUCUGUUGCCACCACUGUCGUAAAGCGCAUCGCGUCCCUCUCAGCGUAUUACGGCACAAUCCGGCAUGGCUUCUUCACUGAUCUGCAGUGAAACACAGAGCAGAGUGAGCUCGGUUCUGAACAGAGAUGUGAAGCAGUUUGGGAAGAAGUUCAUGUUUGACUGCAAUGAGGAGACAUGCUGGAACUCAGACCAGGGAGAGUCCCAGUGGGUGAGUCUGGAGUUCCCACAGCCUGUCAGGGUGUCUGAGGUGAAGGUCCAGUUUCAGGGAGGCUUCUCUGGGAAAACCUGCAGACUGGAAGGGUGCCCUAAAGAUGGAGACUUGACACUGAUCACUCAUUUCUACCCAGAGGACAACAACUCUCUUCAGAGAUUUCCCAUACAGGAGGCCCCUGCAGUGGACAAAGUAAAAAUAGUGUUUGAGAAUAGUACCGACUUUUUUGGAAGAAUUAUUGUUUAUUCCCUGGAUGUCCUGGGGGAACAAGCUUUGUGACUUUUUUUGUUCUACAUGUCAUGAGAAGACGGGACCUGUGGUGCAGGAUGGAGGAUAGUGCAGUAGCACUGGCAAAAUAUGACAUCUGUCAUACCACAUUUUCUAAUGUGAAAGGACCUAAUGUGGCCUUUUUUGGUGUUGCAGUUUUUCAGACUGACCACCUCACUUUUGUUCACUCAAGGACAAGUGGAAAUGCAAAGGGCUUCACAUGGACUCUGUAUCUGAAUUUUUUUUAAAAUACUGAUUUAUAUUAAUGCUCUCAUAUUCCCGUGUUUAUCAUCUGUGCCUUGGAUUUGAAAUACCAUUCCAUAGGAACAAACACACAGUAUAAAAAAAUAAAUGGCUUUUUGUAUUCAAA